AUGGGGAAACCCCGCAUGAUUAUUGUCAUCAGACAUGCGCAGUCCGAGGGAAACAAAAAUCGCGACAUCCACCAAACCAUCCCUGACCACCGGGUCAAGCUUACCACAGAUGGCUGGACGCAAGCUCAUGAAGCCGGCCGACGAUUACGCUCCAUGCUCCGCGCAGAUGACACCCUCCACUUUUUUACUUCCCCAUACCGACGUACUCGAGAGACAACAGAAGGCAUUCUGUCCACCCUGACCUCUGACGAGCCUGCCCCAUCCCCGUUCCCGCGCAAUUCUAUCAAAGUGUAUGAAGAGCCGAGGUUGCGGGAGCAAGACUUCGGCAAUUUCCAGCCAUGUUCAGCGGAGAUGGAGAGGAUGUGGCAGGAGCGGGCGGAUUAUGGACAUUUCUUCUACAGGAUCCCGAGCGGAGAGUCUGCGGCAGACGCCUAUGAUAGGGUCAGUGGGUUUAACGAAAGCCUAUGGCGGCAAUUUGGGGAGAAUGACUUCGCCAUAACCCAUGGCCUCAUGAGCCGUGUUUUCCUCAUGAAAUGGUAUCACUUCAGUGUAGAAUAUUUCGAAGACCUCCGAAACGUCAACCACUGCGAGUUCCUCAUCAUGCGCAAAAAGGAGGACUCCGGGAAAUAUAUUCUCGAAAAUAAGCUCAGGACCUGGUCCGAACUGAAGCGUGAGCGUUUGGCCUUGACAGCUGCUAAAGACAAGUCCUCUGGAUCCACACCCCAAAUGUCCGAUAAAGACAAGGAGAAGGAGAAGAAACUUGCAGAAAGCUCCUCUGGACACAGCUCCUCAAUACCUAUCCCAGUUAGGAAGCGAUGGGGUGGCUGUCCCAACGGCUGUGACCACGGGAAACACCACUAUAAAAAAGAAAAUUCCAUGCAUGCCAUGCAACUCAAUGGUCGGCCGAUGAACUCAGGGCCGGGCACUUCGCCCGUCUCCAACUCCCAGGAUACACUUGCCUUCCGCCGUCGCCGCUGGCAAUCCUCGAGCGACGAAGACGAAGAUGAUCCCCGUGGCCGUCUUGUUAUCCAGAAGUCCCUUGACGAGGUUAUCUCUAGCCCUGACGGCACACCUUCGUUCAUUAGCGUAGAAGACCGUCUGAGAAACCAGCUUCGAAGCCCGGGGGCCAAAGGCGAUAGUUUAUUUGUACACAGCGGCGGUCGGGAUUUCGGCGGUUCUGCGAGCGGUAACACAAGCCAUGCCGGGAGCGAUACCGAGUUCAGCGCCGAGGAGGACGCGCGGAAGCGCCUUGCAAAGGGCAAGAGUAUUGGUUUGGGCUUUGGGAAAGCAGGCGGCCAUGGACGGUCAUCAUUGGGCAAACGAGAACAGAGCGGGAUGCAGCGCGGGGCGCUGGCCGAUACCUUAGGUGAUCAGAGUGAUGCUGUUACUGACCCUGGGAGCGAGCUGGAUCUUGCGAUGACGGAUAUGCUGGCUGCGGAGAAGGAGGAUAAGAGCAUUAGAGGAAGUGUAUAUUGA